AUGAGUUCUGCUGCACGACCGUCCAGUGGCGGUGGAGGCGGCGGGAUUCGCGGCUUCUUCUCAAAACUCCGGAAGCCGUCCGAUCAGUUCAUGCAGAAGCGGUACCAUCCCUGUCGAAAGGUGAACUCCAUCGAAGGAUCGGCGCCGCCCAGAGAGAAGGUCAGAGCGCAAAGAAGAGAGUCCCGCGGGCAGACACGCAGGGGCGCCGCCCGGCCGCCUGCCCUGCAGUUGUUUUGUUCUUCUGCCACUGUCAUCUCUUCGGAUCCUUGGCUCCGUUGCCUCGUGCUACCUUCCGCCAAGUUCGACAUUGUCAUGUUCGGCCGAAGUCAGCAUAAUGGUGUGGUUCAAGUGGGCUCUCGCACAUUCGAAGCGCAGGAGUUGCAGAAGCUCAUUCCUCAGCUUGAAGAGGCAAUUCAGCGGAAAGAUCAACAAUUAAAAGCUCAGCAGGGAACCGUUGAGAAUCAUAUUCGACGUAUCGCUGAAUUGGAAGCAGAAGUAACAUCGUUGCAGUUCCCCGCGUUCUUGUCGGUUGGUUUUGCAUCGUCUAUGAUGGUUAUGAGUUCAACAACAUUGGAAACUCUCCACUGCAUUCAGUUUCUUGGAAACAAGGACUUGUACACGAGCAGCAUAUCUCUUUUCUUAUCGACUAAUUUUUUUUCCACGGAAUUGCGGGAAUGCGACAAAUUGCGUUCCGUUUUGGAGCAGAAGGCGCAGUCAGCUGCAAGUCCAGGAGCUGGAGUAGCACCUGCCUCUCCUCGAUCCGAACAACUUGGAAAUGACUUGAAGGAGAAAGCUGUCCUUCCGGCGGAUGGGGCGAGUAUGCGAGCGAAGAAGUUGGCCGUUUCUGCUGAACCCACUAACUUCGAAACUCAGGCAACUACUCUACAACACUAUAACAAGACGGCUGGUUCGAAACAGCUUAUUCGGGAUGCAGUGCAUAAAAAUGAUUUCCUGAAACAACUAGCGAAGGAGCAGAUCAUUGAAAUCGUAGAGUGCAUGUACGAGAUGCGAGCGCGUGCUGGACAGUGGGUUAUCCAAGAGGGUGAACCAGGAGAUCGGUUGUUUGUUGUUGCAGAGGGUGAACUUCAAGUUUCACGAGAGGGACAAGUACUAGGAACGUUGCGCCCUGGGAUAGUCAUGGGAGAACUUGCAAUCUUGUAUAAUUGCACAAGGACCGCGUCUAUACAAGCCCUCACCGACGUCCAGCUAUGGGUCUUGGAUCGAAGUGUAUUCCAAACGAUAACACAGCGACUGGGGAUGGAAAGGCACACACAGUUGAUGAAUUUCCUAAGCAAGGUUUCCAUCUUCGAAAACCUAUCCGAGGAUCGUAUCUCAAAAAUGGCAGAUGUCAUGGAUCAGGAUUACUAUGCUGCUGGACAUUAUAUUAUCCGCCAAGGAGAAAAGGGUGAUGCAUUCUUCGUUAUUAACAGUGGAACAGUAAAAGUGACGCAGCUAAUAGAGGGCGAAACAGAACCUCGCGAAAUCAGGAUUCUCAAUCAGGGUGACUUUUUUGGUGAACGGGCUUUGCUUGGGGAUGAGGUCCGAACAGCCAAUAUAAUCGCACAAGCUCCAGGAGUUGAGGUGCUUACUCUCGACAGGGAGUCAUUCCUAAAACUCAUAGGUGAUCUCGAGGCGCUAAAACGUGACUACGGGGACAAGGAGAGACUAGCACAAGUUUCGCUGGAACCACCUAGUCCUACCAAAGAUAUAAUCCGUGAAGAGUUCGCUCAUGUCCACUUGAAGAAUAUAAAGCGCUUAGCUACGCUUGGUGUUGGUGGAUUCGGACGGGUUGAACUGGUGUGCAUCAAUGGUGACAAGUCACGAACAUUUGCACUGAAGGCUUUAAAGAAGAAACAUAUAGUGGAUACGCGGCAACAGGAACAUAUCUUUGCUGAGCGAAAUAUUAUGAUGGAAACGAAUUCAGAGUGGAUCGUAAAGUUAUAUAAGACGUAUCGGGAUACGAAAUAUGUGUAUAUGCUUUUGGAAGUGUGCUUGGGUGGAGAGUUGUGGACGACACUUCGUGAUAGAGGUCACUUUGAUGACUACACUGCCCGAUUUUACGUCGCCUGUGUGCUAGAAGGCCUGGAGUAUCUUCAUCGGAAGCACAUUGUAUAUCGUGAUCUCAAGCCGGAAAAUUGCCUGCUCACCAACACGGGAUACCUCAAACUAGUCGACUUCGGUUUCGCAAAGAAAUUAGCCUCUGGUAGAAAAACAUGGACCUUUUGUGGGACCCCCGAGUACGUAUCGCCGGAAAUCAUCCUGAACAAAGGUCAUGAUCAGGCGGCGGAUUACUGGGCAUUGGGUAUCUACAUCUGUGAGUUGAUGCUUGGUCGACCGCCCUUCCAGGCCAGCGAUCCAAUGAAAACAUACACCCUCAUUUUGAAAGGUGUCGACGCGUUGGAAAUCCCAAAUCGACGAAUCGGCAAGACAGCCACAGCGUUGGUUAAAAAGUUAUGUCGUGACAACCCAGGAGAACGACUGGGUUCAGGUUCAGGUGGGGUAAAUGACAUCAGGAAACAUCGCUGGUUCAUGGGUUUCGACUGGGAAGGACUUCGAUCACGGGUACUCAAGGCCCCAAUUUUGCCAAAGGUGUCGAAUCCUGCAGACGUUACGAAUUUCGACAACUAUCCUCCCGAUCAGGAUGUGCCACCAGACGAAUUCUCAGGCUGGGACGAAGGCUUUUAG